AUGGACGUGUGGUACUGCUUGGUGGCAAUAGCAGCCGACCUGAAGUAUAAUUUAUUUGAUAAAUAUUAUUUGAGAACACGAAAAAUUAAGCAAAACAAAUUUGUUGGUCCUACUAAAGAUGUGGAUAAAAAAUAUUAUUUAGAACAAGAUGGAGAGAUCCCCAUAGAGGACGAGAUUAGAGGAUAUAAUACGAAUUCUCCGAUAAUUGUACCGCCUUUACCAUUAUUUUGGCACGGACUUCGAAAGAACUUGAAGCUCAGAGUGUUUUUAAUCAAGAAAAAUUUUAAUCUAAAUUUUUUUCUAAAUCCAACUUUUCGAUUCCCUAUAAUAGGUUUAAUCCAAACGAUUACUUAUCCCAUAUAUUGGAGAUAUGUUUUAAUAUUCUCCAUUUGUUAUAUAUUAAUUUUUUUCACUUUAAUAUUCAUGACAUACAUAUUUGUCUUACCAAUAAUGUUUUUAUUUACCUUUUCUAUAUUAGGCCCGUUUGGAUUUCUACUAUCACAUUUACAAUGGUUAUUACAAUUAAAUUUAAUUGCGAAUUUAAUUGUCAAGAAUUUAUUAUUUAAGAGGUUCAAAUUUGAAAUAUUCGAUUUAACUAUGGUUCGAUUGAAAAAACAAAUACUGGCUAAUCAGGAAAAAUUUAUCUUACCUAAGGAAAAUGGAGGAAUGGUUAGUAAUUGGAGUUUUAAAUUUUGGAAUGAUGAGAUAUUUGAAAAACGUUAUAUCAGUGUUAUAUUUAACACGCUUAAAUUGAUUAUAUUCUUAGGUGUUUCUAUGAUACCAAUAAUGGGGCCGAUAAUAUUGAAUCAAUUAUUAUCAUCGAAAAGAGCAUUAGAAUAUAUGGAAAGAUUCUUCCAAAUUGUAUCAAUAUCUGGAAGUGAUAAGAAAAAUUUCUAUUAUGAACAUUAUUUAGCGUUUAUUUGUUUUGGAUCAAUGACUGGUGUAUUAGAAGUCUUGCCAUUUUUUUCUAUUUUUACUAUUAUUUCCAAUACAGUAGGAUCUGCCUACUGGAGUUCAAAUUUGAUUGAAUCUGGUCAAAUAUAA